CUCCAUGGAGGACUCGCCAUGUCCCAGAAUGCACCGCGGGACCCACUGACGACGCAGGACCCCUCCUCCCAUUUCUUCUAAAGUACAUCUGUUAUAUGUGACACCUUUCCAUCUGCUCUUUGUGAGUGUGAGAGUGGAAAUGGUUAACCGGAUGGUAACGUCCGGUAACGUCGGUAACUACAGACGCCACGGUAGCCCGCCCGUUCACAGUACACACACACACAGGCGUUACUGGUCCGGUAGGUGUGCUGUGUAGCUAUAAAUGAUCUGAUGGGAGCUGCAUUGCCACGAUACUUUAGUUUGGAUCGAUAAUUGGUUAUUAGAGACUCGUAUAAUCACCCACAACACGUCUGCAGUAUGAAGCUAACACGGAAGUUGGUCCUGGCCAAAGCCAAGGCCUCGGAUCUGGACAGUGUGAAGAAACUCAACUGCUGGGGCUGCAACUUGACAGACAUCUCCAUAUUUACCCAGAUACCCCACAUCGAGGUCCUGACUCUCAGUGUGAACUCCAUCUUGUCCCUGUCAUCUCUGUCGGGCUGUGUGUGUCUGAGUGAGUUGUACCUCAGACGGAACCUCAUCCCUUCUCUCUCAGAGCUCUCCCAUCUCCGCCCCCUCACACGCCUACGAGUGCUCUGGUUGGCUGAGAACCCCUGCUGCGGAACAGUCCCCAGCCAAUACCGUCUCAACGUGCUGCGAUGCCUGCCACGCCUACACAAACUGGACAACCAGGUGGUGACAGAGGAGGAGCUUGUUUUCGCUCUCAACGAGGGAGAGGAGAUAACCACACCCCCUGCCGCCGCCCAGAAGCAGUUCUCGACCGGUGGCCAGCCGGAGAACGUCAGCUCCACCAAUGGACAGACAGAGGCGGAAUCAGAGAACGACCCCCUAAACUACAGUAUGGAGGAGACCAAUAAGAUCCGGGAACAGUUGGGGAUGAAGCCUAUUCCUAGAGACAAGUUCUCCUCCCCAUCACCUCGACCUGCAGCUAGGAAGUCCCACACUCUGGAGGCAGUGCUGAUGCUGUUGAAAGAUCUGGAGGAGGAGGAGCUACGCAUCGUUCACAUGGCAACCCAGAACAGACAGCUUCGAUCACACACACACCCCAAGCUCACACACACACUGCAGGGAGAUGGAACCAUCGACACACACACACUGCAGGGAGAUGGAACCAUCGACACACACACACUGCAGGGAGAUGGAACCAUCGACACACACACACUGCAGGGAGAUGGAACCAUCGACACACACACACUGACAAACUCCAGAGAGAGAACGACCGACAUCGAGCACUGACACACACACACUGACUUUAAACACUAACGCAACCACCCAACACUGAGGUAGACACACAAGUCAUGUUUAUGCUCCGUGACCAGAGGGAGAGGUAAGGGUUCACAUGCUCCCCUAGGUACAGAUCUAGGAUCAGCUUCCCCUCCCCCAAUCCUAACCUUCACCAUUAGUGGGGGGAAAUGCAAAACGGACCCAAGAUCAGCGUCUAGGGACUUUACCCUACUCCAGGCUCACACACCCACCAAACCUUGGUACACACAGGCUUCAGUAUUGUUGUGACAGGCUUUUAGCCAAAUAGAGGAGACUGAAGGGAGAAGUCAGAGCUAAUCGUUGUCGCUAUCUAUUCUCUAGCAGCAUGUCGCUAUCUAUUUCCUAGCAGCAUGUCGCUAUCAAUUCACUAGCAGCGCGUCGUUAUCAAUUCCCUAGCAGCAUUUCGCUAUCAAUUCACUAGCAGCGGGUCGCUAUCAAUUCACUAGCAGCGCGUCGUUAUCAAUUCCCUAGCAGCAUGUCGUUAUCAAUUCACUAGCAGCGCGUCGUUAUCAAUUCACUAGCAGCGCGUCGCUAUCAAUUCCCUAGCAGCAUGGCGCUAUCAAUUCCCUAGCAGCACGUCGCUAUCAAAUCCCUAGCAGCAUUUCGCUAUCAAAUCCCUAGCAGCGCGUCGCUAUCAAAUCCCUAGCAGCGCGUCGCUAUCAAAUCCCUAGCAGCGCGUCGCUAUCUAUUCUCUAGCAGCGCGUCGCUAUCUAUUCUCUAGCAGCGCGUCGCUAUCUAUUCUCUAGCAGCGCGUCGCUAUCUAUUCUCUAGCAGCGCGUCGCUAUCUAUUCUCUAGCAGCGCGUCGCUAUCUAUUCUCUAGCAGCGCGUCGCUAUCUGCCUUUCCUUAAUCAGUGAAUGGUGUUUUUGCAAACUGCUUUGUGUUAAUAAAGAGACACUUUAAUGCAUAAAAAAAAAAAAAACUAAAUUUAAGAGUUGACAACAUACAUGCAUACAACAGUUUAUGUACACUGAACCAAAACAUAUAUAAAUGCAACAUGUAAAGUGUUGGUCCCAUGUUUAAUGAGCUGAAAUAAAAGAUCCCAGACAUUUUCCAUACGUA